GUCUCGAUAGUCUCACGUGUAAUUUCGCCUGAAAUGUCAUCGACUACUCCCGUAAAAAUAGGUGGCAUCCAAUUCUAUCGCAAAGAUUUCUUAUGGGAAGGUAGAUAUGGCAAAGUGUAUCGUGGUACAUAUAAAGGACAAAGGGUAGCAGUCAAACGAAUUCCGAUUAGUGGAGUUCAACAAGCCGAAGAACAAAACAAGCCGAAAAACGGUGGGAAGGAGUUAAAAAUUCUGCAACAGUUAGACAAUCCCAAUACAGUAAAAUUUGUCCACUGGGCAAGCGAUGAGGACUUCAAUUAUUUUGCUUUAGAAUUAUGCGACGCAUCAUUGGAUCAGGUGUUCCUAAAUGAGGAUCAUCCACGGAAAUAUAAAGGACCUGCAUUACCAAAUAAUUUCGAGGUUUUCUCCCAAUUAGCCUCCGGUCUCAAAUACAUUCAUUCACAGAAACUAAUCCACCGGGACAUUAAACCGGAAAACAUUUUAGUUAAACAUACUGAUCAAGGUGACGAGAUAACGGUCAAGUGGGCUGAUUUUGGAUUGUCACGACCAGUGAGUGAAAGAGGAACAUUCACAAUGAGUGGAAUAAGGGGAACUGAACGUUGGCUAUCUCCCGAAAUGUUGGAAAUUUUGGACAAACACCAAAGCAAUGAAGUAAAUAGAGGCUCCAUCAAAAGCGACGUUUAUGCAGAAGGACUCGUCUUCGGUUAUAUUCUCUUGAAAGGAAGGCAUAUCUAUGGUCAAAAUGAAACUGAAAUUGUAGCGAACAUGAAGAACACCAAUUUAGUUAAUAUGAGUGAAAUUCACCAGAAACAUUUAGCACGUAAUUUGAUAGAACGAAUGUUGACCAAGACACCUGAUACAAGAAUUACAUCUGACGAAGUGUUCAACCAACUUGAAUCCAUAAAAAUCAAGCUUAGCAAAGAAGAAAAACACCUGCAUUGGCUGUGUAGAUGUCCAACAAAAAAUUUUGGGAAUAACAUCGAAAUUUUAAUGCAACUCGGCGUCGACUUAAACGCCAAGGAAGACAAUGGAUGGAAUGCGCUUCAUAUUUUGUGUCGGAAUACAAGCCCACAUUUAAUCGAUGCGAUUAAACUCUUGACUGAACUAGGUAUCGACAAAAACCUAAAAACCAACGAUGGAUGGAAUGCGCUUCAUAUUUUGUGUCGAAACAAUUCAAGCCCACGCUUAAUCGAUGCGAUUAAACUCUUGAUCGAACUCGGCAUCGACAAGGACGCAACGGCGAAGGAUAGAUGGAAUGCGCUUCAUCUUUUGUGUUCUAACAAUUCAAGCCCACAUUUAAUGGAUGCAAUUAAACUCUUGAUCGAACUCGGCAUCGACAAAAACCUAAAAACCAACGAGGGAUGGAAUGCGCUUCAUAUUUUGUGUCGAAACAAUUCAAGCCCACGCUUAAUCGAUGCGAUUAAACUCUUGAUCGAACUCGGUAUCGAAAAGGACGCAAAAACCAACGAUGGAUCGAAUGCGCUUAACUAUUUGUGUUAUAACAAUUCAAGCCCACAUUUAAUGGGUGCGAUUAAACUCUUGAGCGAACUCGGCAUCGAAAAGGACGCAAAGGACAAAUUGGGAUACAACGCGCUUCAUAAAUUGUGUCGACACAAUUCAAGCCCACACUUAAUCGAUGCGAUUAAACUCUUGAUCGAACUCGGCAUCGACAAGGACACAAAAACCAACGAUGGAGCGAAUGCGCUUCAUCUUUUGUGUUCUAACAAUUCAAGCCCACACUUAAUAGAUGCGAUUAUACUCUUGAUCGAACUCGGCAUCGACAAGGACGCAACGGCGAAGGCUAGAUGGAAUGCGCUUCAUCUUUUGUGUUCUAACAAUUCAAGCCCACAUUUAAUGGAUGCAAUUAAACUCUUGAUCGAACUUGGCAUCGACAAAAACGCAAAAGCCCACGUUAGAUUCAAUGCGCUUCAUCUUUUGUGUCGAAACAAUUCAAGCCCACACUUAAUCGAUGCAAUUAAUCUCUUGAUCGAACUCGGCAUCGACAAGGACGCAAAGGACAAAGAUGGAUGGAAUGCGCUUCAUCUUUUGUGUCGAAACAAUUCAAGCCCACACUUAAUCGAUGCGAUUAAACUCUUGGUCAAACUAGGCUUCGACAACAACGCAAAAACCAACCGUGGAUCCAAUAUGCUUCAUCUUUUGUGUCGAUACAAUUCAAGCCCACACUUAAUCGAUGCGAUUAAACUCUUGAUCGAACUCGGCAUCGACAAGGACGCAAAGAUCGACGAUGGAUGGAAUGCGCUUCAUCUUUUGUGUCGAUACAAUUCAAGCCCACACUUAAUCGAUGCGAUUAAACUCUUGAUCGAACUCGGCAUCGACAAGGACGCAAAGAUCGACGAUGGAUCGAAUGCGCUUCAUCUUUUGUGUGCAUACAGUUCAAGCCCACACUUAAUCGAUGCGAUUAAACUCUUGAUCGAACUCGGCAUCGACAAGGACGCAAAGAUCGACGAUGGAUCGAAUGCGCUUCAUCUUUUGUGUGAAUACAGUUCAAGCCCACACUUAAUCGAUGCGAUUAAACUCUUGAUCGAACUCGGCAUCGACAAGGACGCAAAGAUCGACGAUGGAUCGAAUGCGCUUCAUCUUUUGUGUGCAUACAGUUCAAGCCCACACUUAAUCGAUGCGAUUAAACUCUUGAUCGAACUCGGCAUCGACAAGGACGCAAAGAUCGACGAUGGAUCGAAUGCAUUCGAUCUGAGUCGGCACAAUACAAAUCUUACAAACUGCAACCUGUACGAAAUCUUUAAAACCGGAUGAGGUGAAUUUUCGGAGAUAUUAUUUAUGGCAUUUACAAGGAUAUCAAGGUUGUUUGGAAAGUCACAAAACGCGCUACGUUGCAAUAAAUGAUAUUCUCGGCAAAACACAGCUAACUACAUAAAUUGAUCAAUCGCAAAGAGUAUUUAUUUCGAACUGUAAUGUCAACGCAUGUAAGUGA